AUGCCACCAAACAACAACCCCCACCCCGGCUCCGGCUCAGCCUCCCAAUCCCUCCCCCCUUCCUCCCUUAACCCCCUAACCUCGGCCACCGGAAUAGUAGUCAUGGUCCUCAUAACCACCAUCUCCCUCGGCCUCACAAUCGCCCUCCUCCUCCUCUACCUCCGCAAGCGCAAACGCUCCGCCCAGCGCAGACUCGCCGCCCGCUUAAGCGGCAUGCCUGAGAUCCGCGCUGGUGACUCCACAGAAACUGAACGGUCACACAUCACCACCCAUGCCCACCAAGAGGGUAGCAGACUCCAAAAAUGGGGAAGCAAGGAAGCGUUCGAGGUUGUUGAGAUUGGUGCGCCGAGUCUAGCGAGUAUGGCUAUUGAGGGGGGGAGGCAGAAAAGGGCUAGGUCGCUUCCUGCUUUGUGGGGGGGGGAGAGGGGGAGGGGGAUGUUGAGGCGGUUGACGGAGGAGGAGGAGGAGAGGGGGUUGAGAAAGGGGAGAGAGGGGGGGAAGAAACUUUCGAGGAGCCGGUCGUGUGCUUGGCCUAGUGAGAUGAAGAGGUUGGGCGAGGGUGACGAGAACAAGGCGGAGGGGGGGUUGGUGAACGAAACUACUGCUGCCGCGGGGGUUGAGCUGCCUAAACGGAGUUUCUUCCGGGGCGGGUCGUUGAGGGAAAGAGGGGAGAGGGGGUCUUGGCCGGUGAGGGAGUUGACCGGGGGGUUGUCGAGGGUUCAUCACACCGUUCAUGGGUAUCCUUCCGGCGGUGUGUCUGCGUGGGGACGGCAGCAGGAGGAGAAGGAGAGGGAGAUCGGGCUUGGGAGUGAUAAGAUCAGGGGGUAUGGGUGUUUGAGGUUGGGGCCUGGGUUUGCUGAUGGGGCGGGGAGGGUGUUGCCUGAGCCGCCUAGGGCUGUUGUCACGGGGGGACAGGGGGGAAUUGUGAGGAGUCAUACUGUUGGGGCUAUGGUUGGGAGUUGUGGACAGCAGCAGCAGCAACAACAACCUCAAGUGCAGCCGAGCGUUGCUCCCCCUCCUCCACCGCAUCGGUCGCUGCCUCAGACACCGCCGAGGGCUGUCGCGAGGAGGCGGUCGAGGGCGCAGAGUACCGAUUCGACAUUGUCGGAGAUUUUAAAGUCGACGGAGAAGAGGCUGAGGGCCGGGAGUGCGACUGGUGGUGUUGGUCGGGGAAGGCAUAUGAGGAUGGGGUCCUUGAAUGCUCGAACCAUGUCGAUGGCGGGGACGAGUCAAGAGUGCUUGCUGGCGAAGAAGGGGAUGGGUCACAAACGACAGGACUCUGAGGUGUCGGCCGUGUCUGAGUCUGAUAGCUUGGCUGAUGAGGAGAGCCCGAUUGAGAACCCGGCUGGACUGACGUCGCCCAGUCGCAGUGGGCUGGUUCGAAAGCCAGCGCAGGAGCAGCCCCAACAGGCAGAAAGGCAGGUGGAGAUGGUGAUCCAAUCGCCGAGAAGCUCCAUCUCCUCCGCGCUGUCGACAGUCUUCAGUGAGGACGAGAUGCCAGACGAGGUCAAAAAGGCAAUCAUGCCGUUGGAUGGCUUUGUCGUUGCACCCCAGCCCGCCGCCAGUGUCCAAGCGCCUGCCAUGAACGACCCUUUCAUCACGGCGCCAGUUCCUUUGCCGCUGUCCAUCAACAGAUAUUCCCCCAGCACCACCUCGGUUGGGUUGAGACAACAGCCCAAAACCCAAGGUCUGUUCCGAGAAAGCCUCGAACGGUCCACCAUACAGCGCCGAAUGACACUCGCAAGCCCAACCCAAGAUCUCAUCCUCGCCCCCGGGCCCAGUGUAGCCCCUGGCUCAACACUCAUUCAACAACAAGAUGAUAACAUCCCACGAAUCCCAGCCGGUCCUCUCUUCCUCCGCCUCACAAAAACUAGCACCCUCAGCACAAUCCCCAUCCUCCCACCCCCCGCCGCCCCCGGCCCGGUCUUCAGCCAAUACCAACAACGCCGCAAGACCCUCUCCCCCACCAAAACCGUCUCCUUCGCCGACGAUCUCCCCCAAAUCCACAACGUCCCCCGCCACUCCCCCACCCGCCCAUCCAAAAAGCCCGGCAUCAAAAUGUCUCCCUCCCAACACCAACUCCAACUCUCCCUCUCCCGCCACGGCAACAGAGACUCGGCUUGCUCAACCUUUUCGGUGGGCAACGCCCCGGCGAGCGUGCUCAAAAGAUCGGCAGAGGUGAACAACGCCAGCUUUUUUGCCAACUCACUGUUGUUUCCUGACCCGCUCAACCUCAGGUCAGCAGCGACUUCCCCACCACCAACCACAGCCGCCGGCUCUGAGGGGGAGGGGGAGUCAGAAGAUGAGGACGACAUCCCCCUGGCGGAUACUGUCGCCUCGCUGAGGAGGAUGAACUCGCAGAUGUCGACUUCGAGUGUGACCUCGCUGCAUAAUGAGAACCCGAAGCGGUUUUCGGGGACUUUGCAGAAUGUUCAAAAGAGGAAGUCGAUUGGGGCGAGGAAUUAUCUUUCGCUUGGGGGGAAUGUUGACACUGCGAGGCGGAGGAAGAGGAGUCAGUCGGUGACCAAUGGGGGCGGGGGCGGUGGUUUGCAUAAUAGAUCUAACUCCCAGCCUGCCUUGCCGCAGCAUAGGAGACAGGGGAGUCGAGGGAAGGGAGGUGGGGCGAUGAACGCCUCACUCAGUCAGACCAGUUUGGGGAGUCCGAGGGUGAGUAGGGAGGUUAUUCCGCUGGCGUAUCCGGUCGAGAAGCGGCAGGAGGGGUGGGAGUGGGGUGGGAGUGUAGGGGCGGGGAAUGUGUCGCCGCCGCAUAAGAGGAGGAAGCCGGGGAGUGUGCAUGAGCGGAGGCAGAGUUUGUUGAGGAUGAGUGUGUUGGAGACAGUGACGGAUUCGUCGCCUGGGGUGGUGGGUGGUGGUGGUGGUGGUUGUGGUAACAAGGAGAAUGAUGGGGAGGGAGGACCGUUCAAGUUGCCAGUGAGGGAGGAGUUUACUUUUCAUAGUGGGUAUGCUGGGAUAGGGGGGGGUGUGAGUUUGGGGCAGUUUGGGACGCCGAGUAGGGGGGGAAGGGGGACGGGGACGGGGAGGAAUAGUGUGGAGAGUUUGGGGUUGUAUGAUAGGCAGGGAUUUUUGAUUACUACGCCUGUGAGGGGUGGUGCUGGUGGUGGUGGGAAUAAUAAUGGCGGGUCGCCGUUGAGGGGGUUGAUGGUGCAGCAGGAUCGGUUGCAGAGUAGUCCUUCGAGGUUGAGGGUUUGA